AUGUCUUUCGAUGGAUCAGCUCGUGUCAAGAGAGGUGGAGGCGCCUACAGCGCGAUCUUGUGGAAGCUGCCCGAAUGGAGAGUGUUGAAAGCUAGAUCGGGGUAUGCCGAAGGUUUGACGGUGAAUGAAGCGGAAUACCAUGGUCUGCUACUAUGGCUGGAUCUGUUGGAAGAUCUGGAUCCACAGCUUCUGGUGAUCUGCGGGGGCUCAAACCUGGUGAUCCGAGAAGUACGAGGAGAGAUCGAUUGUGAGGCGCCUGGCCUGACACUGUUACGUCAACGAGCCUUGGAACGAUUA